AUGUUCUUGGGAACUGGGAACCGUUCAGUGUGCUUCUCUGAGACCUGUGCGGGGGGUAAGCAGUGCAUUACAAUGGAGAAUAGGUUCAAUGCAUUUACUGACACUCCGAGGGGUAGUCAUUGGCUCGGUAACGACAGCUCCAGACGGAAAAAUACGGGCAGCACGCAGUUUGCCGAUGCAGACGGCGAUGACAUUGGUUCGACGUUCUUGCGAAGGAGGACCAGAGAGGACGGUACACACAGGGGUUCCUACGGUUUGAAGUACAGCUCUCAUCCGAAACAGGAAUUCCUCUACGAAAACAAAUUGCAUUCGUACCCGACGUCUGCUCGAGACGGGCAGGUGCCGUUGCCUCUGAUUUCCCCUGAUCUGUUAGAAAUCUCCAAACAGAGGAUACUGGCGCUAGCUAUAUUUCUGAUUAUCCAGUGUUACAAACUGUACGAUUUGGUUCUGCUGAAGUCCAAUUUGAGAGUAUCCGGUUUACUGUACAGUAAUUCGAGAUUUAAUUUCAUAACAAAAUAUCUGCUACUUGACUCGAUGUUUUGGUAUUUUUUACCCAUCUUUAGGAUCCCAAGGUUGACUUCCAAACCGUGGCUAGUGGGUUUUCAAAUUGUCGCCACUGCGGCUACCACCAUCUUCCUCUCCACAAACCACCAAUUUGUCAUUCUAACGGCGAUCGUAGCCGCAUGGAGAAAAACUUUUACAAAAGAAUUAAGUGUUACAGGUUCCACUAUCAACCACCAGAAGCUGUUGGACUUGUCAUCGCACUUCAAAGGUGCAUUGACGAUAAAAAUUUUACCAGAAAAUACAGCAAUGCUGAACCCUUGGUUUGAAUCGUACUGUAUACCGUUAGAAUCGAACAUUACCCCUUUAAACACUGUUAACGUUCCGAUCAAGAUUAAUUCCACGGAAAAAAUCAAGUUUGUACAGUUGGAAUUUAAGGAUCUGUACACAAAUGAAGUAAGUUUGAAGAAUUUCACUGAGAAUAACGGGUUCACUUUGGUAGAUAUGACUGAUAAAAUUCAAAACAAAGAGAUGUCUAAACAAGAAAAGGACGCAAAUAUCAGAUACAUCAAUUUGUCAUUAGAUGAAACGGGAUUCUAUCAGAUAAGAAAGAUUAGGGAUUCAAAGGGCCUGGAUUUGAAAAUAUAUCAGUCCCAUGUGAUAUUACCACAAUGUCCAGUCGCUUCAAUCACUCCUAUUGGGAGCCCGGACAGAUGCAUAGGAGAUUCUGAUAAACUGUCAAUAGAACUGCAAGGUGUGCCACCUUUAAAAUUACAUUACUCGAAGAAAAUCAACAAUAAAGUUUACACGUAUAAAGAUACGAACCUGCAACCCGCGUUUUUUGAAUCACCUUUGCAAUCUGCAGACAAUGACGUGACGGCAAGAAGGAGACAGGUAUUUACUGCUGAACACUUGAGUAAUCUUGAGUGGGCCCGGAAUCCAACCGUUAACAUCGAUUUGGACUCAUUAACUACACAAGACGGUGAAUACACGUACGAGAUUGACAAACUGAUUGAUGGGUUGGGGAACGUUGCCGACUUCUCCAAAAUGGAUGCCGAUCUGAAAAAACAGUACGACUUGGCGACUAGCUUUCAUGUUCAUAGCAUUCCACGCGCUUCCUUGGAUGAAGUUUUCGAUCGUAACUCCCCAACCAAAAAAUCAUUGAUUAUUAAAAUAAAUAACGGUGCUGAGGAACAAGAGGAUCUUCCCUACACUGCAAAGAUUUCUUUUGUCGAUUCCAAAGGUAGACCUCAAGAGAGCAAAAUGAUUGAAUUAGAUUCAUUGGUACAUCACGUUAAUGCGGAACUUCCAGGUACCUACAAUCUAGACUUUGUAAGUUCGAAGUUUUGUCCUGGAGUUGUCAUUGGAAAAUCUAAUAUUUUAGUGACCCAGCCGAUCCCUCCUGAACUUGAAAUCAAAUCUUCACCAAUUCUGGAUCAGUGCGUUGGUCAAGUGGGCUUGAAUUUUGAGCUGACCUUUACCGGUGUUCCCCCUUAUCAUUACUUGGCCAAAAUAUACAAAAUUGAGGAUGGCCAAAAGAAAUUAUACGAAACCAAGAGACUUACCUCUAAGGGUGCCAGAAAUCAGUUCAGUUACAGUCCUACCAGUGAGGGAGACUAUGAAAUUGUGUUUGACCAGCUAUCUAAUGAUAUGUUUUCCGAUCCCAUCAAGCUGACACCGCAAAAGAAAUACACCUUUAAAACAUCAAUGAGAGUGAAACCAAGUGCUCGCAUUAAGCAAAAGCAUGCUGUGACACUGUGCCUGGGCGGCAAGACCAUGAUUCCAAUUGAAUUUAAGGGUGAAGCACCUUUUACUCUGCAUUACGAUAUCUUGGAAAUCUCAUCCAAUAAAAGAACUGCUUACGACAUUAAAAAUAUCAAGGAUCACGAAUACAAAAUUGAAACUCCAAAUUUCGAGGUUGGUGGUGACUACAUUUUAUCAUUGGUUUCUGUAAAGGACUCUUCAAAGUGUGUUGUUGGAUUGAGUGAACCAGAUGCAAUGAUUAAGGUAAGAAGAGACAUUCCAUCUGCUUCAUUGAAUUUGAUGGAUAACACCUCCGCAGCAAAAAUGAAACAAGGAUCGUUUUUAGAAAUUCCAAUCAGAUUGUCAGGCGAAGCUCCAUUUAUAGUAAAGUACGAGCACCUGGAUCUAGAUGGUAACUUUAUUGCUGCACAUGAAGAAAAAUUCUCGUUUGCCUCUAAGCAAAUACUGAAAGUAGGAAAAGAAGGUAUUUAUAGAUUGACAGGUCUCCAGGAUUCAACCUGUUCAGGUAAGAUCGAUAAUCCAGACAAUGAAUUCAUGGUUUCCUUCCUUCCUAAACCUUCUUUUGAAGUUCAAACAAGUAGCAAAACAUCGAAACUGCUCUCACAUCUUUAUGCCAGAGAACCCGUUUGUCAGAAUGUUGAAGGUGCCAUUGCCUUGACUCUCUCUGGUUCCCCACCUUUUGUCCUGGACUAUGAUGUCACAGAGCCUAACGGCCAAGUGACUAGUAAAAAAAUCAGGGUUACAACAAAGUAUGUGUCUUUACAGUUGCCAAACAGAGAGCCCGGUGAAUACGUUGUUUCUAUUAAAGAUAUUUUUGAUACAAACUAUGGGGAGCAAGACUUCGGUAACUUGAAACGAUCAACUGAAGAAGUUUCCAUCAAACAAACUGUUACACCAACCCCGUCGGUGACUUUUGAAGGAAAAGGUAAAAUUUACAAGUCAUGUUCUGUCAACAUUGAGGAGUCAGACGUAUUGGAGCCAAUUAUGCUGAAAUAUUCAGAAGGUCAAGGGCCAUUUUCAAUCACCUUUUCUGUUUAUCACGAGAGUACCAGCAGAACAGACCAACUUGUCUUCGACAACGUUGACGUUAACAAUUUUCCAUUUGAAAAACUUUACCAUGGUCUGAAAUUGGGUAAUCAUCGGAUUGAAAUAGACAAGGUCGUAGAUGCCAAUGGAUGCCAGAAUCAUUUGUCAAACGAAAAUGAUAACUAUAUCAUAAUUUCAAUAACAGAUGUGCCUAAGAUACAUCUAUUAGAUGCGGCCGCAGACUAUUGUGUUGGCGAUUAUGUCACUUAUCAACUGAAUGGCAGGCCGCCAUUCACCAUACGAUACGAGUUUAAUGGUAUGCCACUGAAAUCUACUGAACGAACUUCUCAAUUUGUUAGACUUGCUUCCGAGCCUGGAAAAAUUACAAUCAACCAACUCGAAGAUUCAGUGUCUCAAUGUAUUGUUGAUUUUACCAAGCCGAACAUGCAAGAUGAAUUAGAAAAAUUAUCCCUGGUGAUCCACCCAAUCCCUUCAGUCACUGUUUCUCAAGGUAACUAUGUUGUGGAGGAUAUCCACGAAGGUGAUCAGGCAGAAGUUAUUUUCUCAUUUGAGGGUACCCCACCUUUUUCAUUGACUUAUGUGAGAACAGAGGAGAGUGAUGGUAAACGUGGUGACAAGAAGCCUCAAAUUGUCGAAACACAUAAAGUGGCAGACAUCUACGCAUAUGAAUACAGAGUUGUCACGAGUCUGCAGGGGACGUACGAGGCCAUUGAAAUAUCGGAUGCACACUGUUUUGCUAAGAACGAGGCGUUCUUCAAGAGUUGA